GCCUGGAAUCUGUUCCGGUAAUUCUCGUGGGUAAGGGGUUUAGUGGGUCUUGUUAGGGAAAGACCAUGAGAUUGAGGUAGUUUGUCGAGAUGCCGGUGUUUCCCCUGAAGCUGCCAUAUCUUCCAGUUGACAGACCUGUUUCCCCUUUCUUCCUCCAUCCUCCUCCUCUUCCUCCUCCUCCUCCUACUCCUCCUCCUCCUCCUCCUCCUUCUCGCCAACCCGACCCCUCUCCUUACCCAACGCUGUGCGCCUUCCAGCCUUUGGUAAGAAGUCCAGGUGAGUACCGCAGUCUCCAUUUCCCUUUCCCUCUUUUCCUUUCCUGCACUCCGACACUACACCUUUGACUCCCGGCAAAGGGAUCUGCAGGAGCCUGGGAAGCGGCGUUUCAACACGCACUUCCCUUUGAGCGCGUCAAGAACGGUAAGACAGUCUCGUUCAGGCUUACCCACCUCGCCUAGAGACACGCGUUCGGGCUCCUGAUCUCCUCCUGAGCUGAUGCGGGAUGUUGAUGCUUGCGCUCCCUUUUCGCUCCAUGUCACUCUUUGCUUUUAUUGAUGAUAGUCUUCGCUGAUCUGAGUUAUAGAUGUAGAGGACUGUGGGCUUUCGAGCUCAUGGUGUGC